UUCUGCCAGGUUCUUGCCUGGUUUGAGGAGGGGGAAGAAACAAUCACAGCGUUUGUGGAACCUUUUGUAAUUCUACUUAUCCUCAUAGCCAAUGCCAUCGUGGGAGUCUGGCAGGAGCGCAAUGCUGAAGAUGCCAUUGAGGCUCUGAAAGAGUAUGAGCCUGAGAUGGGAAAGGUGUACCGGCAGGACAGGAAAACCGUGCAGCGAAUCAAAGCCAGAGACAUUGUUCCUGGUGACAUUGUGGAAGUGGCUGUUGGAGACAAAGUGCCUGCAGACAUACGCAUCUGUUCCAUCAAGUCAACAACUCUGAGAGUAGACCAGUCCAUUCUGACAGGCGAGUCUGUUUCUGUCAUCAAACACACUGACCCUGUCCCUGACCCUCGAGCGGUCAAUCAAGACAAGAAGAACAUGCUCUUUUCUGGUACCAACAUUUCAGCUGGGAAGGCUGUGGGUGUGGUCGUGGCCACAGGAGUCAACACAGAGAUUGGUAAGAUCCGUGAUGAGAUGGCAGCAACUGAGCAAGAGAAGACACCUCUGCAGCAGAAGUUGGAUGAAUUUGGUCAGCAACUCUCCAAAGUUAUUUCCCUAAUUUGCAUCGCUGUGUGGAUCAUAAACAUUGGCCACUUCAACGACCCUGUCCAUGGGGGUUCUUGGAUCCGUGGAGCAGUCUAUUACUUUAAGAUUGCUGUGGCUCUGGCUGUUGCUGCCAUUCCUGAGGGUCUUCCUGCUGUGAUCACUACAUGCCUAGCUCUAGGCACCAGACGCAUGGCCAAGAAGAACGCUAUCGUCCGCAGCUUGCCCUCUGUAGAGACCCUGGGCUGCACCUCUGUCAUCUGUUCUGACAAAACUGGUACUUUGACCACCAACCAGAUGUCUGUCUGCAGAAUGUUUAUACUCGGCAAAGCAGAAUGUGAAAGCUGCACUCUGUCAGAAUUCACCAUUACAGGAUCAACUUAUGCACCUGAAGGAGAAGUGUAUCAAGAUGGCAAACUAGUGAAAUGCUCCCAGUAUGAUGCUCUGGUUGAACUGGCCACCAUCUGUGCCCUGUGUAAUGACUCAUCCCUGGACUACAAUGAGGUAAAGUUUGUGUACGAGAAGGUGGGGGAAGCCACAGAGACUGCACUGACUUGUCUAGUUGAGAAAAUGAAUGUUUUCGAUACAGAAGUCCACAGCUUGUCUAAGAUUGACAGAGCCAACGCCUGCAACUCAGUGAUCAAACAGCUGAUGAAGAAGGAGUGCACCCUUGAGUUCUCCAGGGACAGGAAGUCCAUGUCUGUCUACUGCACCCCAAACAAGUCUCGUUCCUCGAUGGGCAAGAUGUUUAUAAAGGGGGCCCCAGAAGGAGUAAUUGACCGAUGCACUCAUGUCCGGGUUGGUAACACUAAAGUCCCCCUCACUCAAGGUAUCAAGGAAAAUAUCUUGUCUGUUAUUCGUGAGUAUGGAACAGGUCGGGACACAUUGAGAUGUCUGGCUUUGGCCACACGAGACAACCCUCCUAAAAUGGAGGACAUGGUACUCUCCGAUACCUCCAAGUUCACAGAAUAUGAGUCUGACCUGACCUUUGUUGGCUGCGUUGGCAUGCUGGAUCCACCCAGGCAGGAGGUGGCUGCCUCAAUUAAACUGUGUCGUCAGGCUGGCAUUCGGGUCAUCAUGAUUACCGGGGACAAUAAAGGCACAGCCGUGGCCAUUUGCAGACGCAUCGGCAUCCUGAUGGAGGAUGAUGAUAUAGAGCACAUGGCCUUCACUGGGCGAGAAUUUGAUGAACUGUCUCCCUACGCCCAGCGGGAGGCCGUAACCAAAGCUCGGUGCUUUGCCCGUGUUGAGCCAUCCCACAAGUCCAAGAUUGUUGAGGUCCUGCAAGGAUUUAAUGAAAUAACUGCCAUGACAGGAGAUGGAGUGAACGAUGCCCCUGCACUAAAGAAGGCAGAGAUCGGCAUCGCCAUGGGUUCUGGCACUGCCGUGGCCAAGUCAGCCUCAGAGAUGGUCCUCGCAGACGACAAUUUCUCCUCCAUUGUUGCUGCUGUAGAAGAGGGCAGAGCUAUAUAUAAUAACAUGAAACAAUUUAUCAGAUACCUUAUCUCCUCCAAUGUGGGUGAGGUUGUUUGCAUCUUCCUGACCGCUGCUCUGGGGUUCCCCGAGGCUCUGAUCCCAGUUCAGCUGCUUUGGGUUAAUUUGGUGACAGAUGGCCUCCCUGCUACAGCCCUUGGCUUCAACCCCCCAGAUUUGGACAUCAUGGAGAAACCUCCCCGUAAUGCAAAGGAACCGCUGAUCUCUGGUUGGCUCUUUUUCAGAUACCUGGCUAUUGGAGGUUAUGUAGGAGCUGCCACUGUGGGAGCCGCUGCAUGGUGGUUUACAGUCUCUGAGGGUGGCCCACAGCUCACUAUUUAUCAGCUGUGCCACUUUUUGCAAUGCGACCCAGACAACCCUGAAUUUGAAGGUUUGGACUGCCAUGUGUUUGAGUCACCAUAUCCAAUGACCAUGGCCCUGUCUGUGCUUGUCACAAUAGAGAUGUGCAAUGCUCUGAACAGUUUGUCAGAGAACCAAUCCCUGCUGCGUAUGCCUCCCUGGGAGAACAUUUGGCUGCUGGGGGCCAUCUGCCUUUCCAUGUCUCUUCACUUCCUCAUCCUCUAUGUAGAGCCUCUACCUGUCAUCUUCCAGAUCACCCCUCUUGAUACCACCCAGUGGAUGAUGGUGCUGAAGAUCUCCCUUCCCGUCAUCCUGCUAGAUGAGCUGCUGAAGUUUGCUGCCAGGAACUACUUGGAACUGGGUAAACAGCUGGAGAAUCCAACCAGCAGAAGCUGUUCCCUGUCUGCAUGCACUAAAGGAAUUUCCUGGCCCUUCUUGGCCAUCUCCCUGCCAGUAUUGCUGUGGAUUUACAGCACCGACACUAACAUGUCUGCCAUGUUUUGGCCCUGACUGACUUCAUUGCACUACCCUUCCAGCACACCUGUGUGAAAUGGACAUUAACACACAUUGAAUGGUUACAUUAGCUGUAGAAAACUCGCAAAUGCACCUGCUUUGACCAACUGUCAAAUAUAUUACAUGUGUUACUAUUUACAUUUCCAAUGCUAAAUAUUUUUAGCUGGUGGUUUGGUCAGUAUCUAGUCAUAUUUUAAUGACUGGAGAUACAGCUGUUAUUUUACAACCAGGCUUCUCUCAUCUUCAGGCAUCAUUUGGAUGACUUAGAGAAAGAAGCCUUUGAUGUUGGAGUUUUGUGGUUAGUUGUACAAAGAUUUGCUCUAUUUUCUAUAUAGUAAAUUUAGGCAAGGGGAAAAAAAGUCUAAGUUUGUAUAGAGCAUUUUUCUAAUAAAUUAAAGUACUUCACUUAAGCGAGGGCAAAUGUUGCAAUAUAUGAAUCUCAGUUAUUUCUAAGAUCUGUACACUUACAUUAUUUUCUCCACUAGGCAGAGUGCAGCUAUCUCAAAGCUGUUACUAUGAUCAGAAGUACCCAUUUGUCUAAACGUUUAAAAGGUUUUCAGUAAAGUUAUUGAGGUACAUAGUUUCCUGCGGUAUUUGGCCCCUUUGAACAUCUUGACCUUUUGCCACAUGUCAGGCUUAAAACAUAAAGAUAUAAAAUUGUAAUCACUGAGAAGAUUUUGCGAAGAAUCUUCUCAGUGGGUACCAGGGAGAACAGCCCAUGGUGGGGAUGUGAGGGGAUGCUGAUGAUGAUAUGGGCUCGGGACACGCAGCGCUGGGAUGAAAUGUCUUUAAUAGAGCGAAGAGGAUAAUAAAAGUGAACAUGUUUGCCCGGCAGAUUUCGGCAUUUUAACCCAAAAAUAA